AUGCCAAACCGCAGUUCCACCGUACCCAACCUCGAUCUGAGCUCGUUCAGAACAGAGUCGAAAAAGGACAAGAUCUCUUCACCCUUGACGCCGAAUGACCAGAGCUCCGACGGACCGAGUCCCCUGACACCUCGCUCGCCUAAGUCAGCAUCCAGCUCCCCGCUGUUCAAAGGCGCAACCAUCCGCCCUGUCACGCAAGACUCGGGCAGCAAGGCAACCAGCCCUACGAUCCCGCUCUCUCCUGGCACAGCCACCACCGAGCCUCUGACACCAGGGAUUACAGCCAUUCCUCAACACUUCCCUUCCCCUAAAGACUCCAAACAUUCACGCGAUGCAUCGAAAUCCUUCUUCGGCACCCUCAAAGCACCCAAGUCAUCACAUAAGUCACACCGAUCGGAUAGCUCAGGGGACUCGACUGAGCCCCCUAAGAGUAGAGGUAGCUCCAGGGAGCGGAGGAUGACAAUGGCUGCGAAGUCGUAUGGAUCUACGCCUGAUCUUCUCGGUGCACUCGCGCACGCGAAUGAAACCGAAAAGACUAGUGAGCAUCUGUCUCUGCGCCCAUAUUCAUCCUAUCUAACAUGUCAUUCCACAGAUGGCAAUUCAGGCAAGAGCUCGCACCAAACAGAUACGAGAAAGGUUGGAACAGAUCCAGAUGCCGCUGCACCAAAGAAAAACAAACAACGAUUCGCAAAUCUUCUGACUCGGUCUCGCUCUAUCCGAGUCGAUGAAUCGGCUGGAAAUAGAGCAGCGGGUCGUCGACCCUCUACAGGCUUGGCUAAACUCGAAGAGUUCAACCAGGGCGCAACAGCGAGUCAACCCCGCUCAGCGACUGCGCGACCAGAACGAACCGUGCGGGGGGGGCUGCAGCCCCCCGAGCGCCCGGUAGACAACAAUCCCCUGCGCAAGGAGCGCAGUCAUGGCAAUAUGGUUGCAUCGGCCUCUUUGAGCCAAGUUUCCGGCGCCUCAGCCGCCAUUUUCAGCAACCUCAAAUCGUCUUCGAGCGGAGCCGCAGACCGAAUUGGCAAGGCUGGCAAGGGUUUCUUUGGCAAAAUAACCCGCAGUGGAAGCACAAAUGAGCGAGAAUUGAUCACAGACGACUUUUAUACAUGUUCGGUGAUCAAUCUCCCCCUUAUUGAGCAAGCGCGCAAGACACGCAUUGCGAAGAAACUUGAACACUGUCGAGACAAGACUGAGUUUUGGAUGCCCGCCUUGCCUUAUCGUUCGAUUGAUUAUCUGAACUUCAAGGGCUGCGAAGAAGAAGGCCUCUACCGAGUCCCCGGUAGCGGUCGAGAAGUGAAGCAUUGGCAGCGACGCUUCGAUACAGAACUUGACAUCGACCUUUUCGAAGUCCCAGAUUUAUACGAUAUCAACACAGUCGGAUCUCUGUUCAAAGCAUGGCUCCGCGAACUACCAGACGAGCUCUUCCCCAAGGCGACACAAACGAUGAUUGCCCAGCAGUGCGAAGGCGCCACAACAGCGCCACAACUCCUUAAAGACGAACUCUCAAAACUACCUCCAUACCACUACUACCUCCUCUUCGCCAUCACCUGUCACCUUAACCUUCUCCACUCCUACGUCGACCAGAACAAAAUGGAUUACCGCAAUUUGUGUAUCUGUUUCCAGCCCUGCAUGAAAAUCGACGCUUUCUGCUUCCAAUUCCUAGUCUGUGACUGGAAGAACUGCUGGCAGGGCUGUUGGACUGAAAAGGAGUAUCUUGAAAUAGAAAAGAAGAUGGACGAGCGCGACCAGAGGGUAUCAGAAGAAGCGGAGAAGGAGAUUGCCAGAGAGAAUCAAGAGCUUCCCCGUGAAAAGCAAGAAACUGCCAAAGGAAGGCAAGAGGCUGCUGCCAGUCAUGAGCGCGCCAUCUCAUCUUCUAGCAGCAGUGCUAGCGAGGAACCCCCUCGACCAGUGACCUCUCGAAGCAGAAAGGCCCCUCCCCGGAACAUCGAGAUCAAACAUGCUCGAAGUGUCUCUCAACUUCCUGAACUCGGCCCUCCCCUUUCUCCUAUCAAAAUCUGA